AUGGAAAUUUUAAAAGAAGAAGCGACGGAAAGCAACGGUAAAAGAAAGCUCGAGGAGGAAAGUGAUGCCUUGCAAUUGUCCAAACAAGAAGGUGAGGGCCAUCUUUCCGGAUUACCUCCCUCAGGUAAAUGGGACGAUAACCAAAUCGUUAACGGGUCGGUAAUUGUCCCCGUGGUAGAACCUAAACUUAGAUAUAUUACGCUCAAGACUGGUUUAUGUUAUGAUGUGCGCAUGAGGUAUCAUGCCAAAAUUUUCACGUCCUACUUUGAGUACAUCGAUCCACACCCUGAAGACCCUAGAAGGAUAUAUCGUAUUUAUAAGAUACUAGCAGAAAAUGGGCUUAUCACAGAUCCAACGCUGUCUGGAAUAGAUCAAAUCGGUGACUAUAUGCUCAAAAUCCCUGUUAGAGAAGCCACGGCGGAGGAAAUUCUAUUGGUACAUUCAGAAGAGCAUUUGAAAUUUAUAGAGAGUACUUCAAGCAUGUCCAGAGAGAGGCUUCUAGAGGAAACGGAAAAAGGGGAUUCGGUGUACUUCAACCAUGAUUCUUUGCUAAGUGCUAAGUUAUCUUGUGGGGGAGCCAUUGAAGCGUGUAAGGCAGUCGUCGAAGGAAGGGUUAAGAAUGCCCUCGCUGUGGUCAGGCCUCCAGGGCAUCAUGCAGAGCCAGACUCCCCAGGAGGAUUCUGCCUUUUUUCCAAUGUCGCCGUAGCUGCCAAAAACAUUCUCAGGAACUACCCUGAAUCGGUCAGAAAAAUAGUAGUUCUCGAUUGGGAUGUUCAUCAUGGAAACGGUACCCAAAAGGCUUUUUGGGAAGACCCCAGAGUUCUAUAUAUCUCUCUGCAUCGUUACGAGCAGGGCAAAUACUACCCUGGGACAAAAGCUGGAGGAGCUGAUCAAUGUGGAGAAAAUGAAGGUUUAGGGAAAAACAUCAACAUCCCUUGGCCUGUUGGAGGUAUGAACGACGCUGAUUACCUCUAUGCCUUUAGAAAAGUUGUCAUGCCUGUUUGCAGGGAAUACGCACCCGACUUGCUAAUCAUUUCCUCUGGGUUUGACGCUGCUGAAGGAGAUAUCAUUGGGGGAUGUCAUAUAUCGCCCGCUGGUUACAGUCAAAUGACCCACAUGCUAAAGUCCCUUGCACGGGGAAACGUGUGUGUUGUUCUAGAAGGUGGAUAUAACCUGGAUUCGAUAGCAAACUCUGCAUUAAGUGUUACCAAAGUGCUCUUGGGUGAAUCACCUGAAGAACCCAAAGUCACAGUACCAAGUGCUCAUGCUAUUGAAGUCAUAGAUGAUGUCAUCAAAAUUCAAUCUCAGUAUUGGAAAACUCUCCAACCCGCAUACACAGGAAUAUGUUUUACAAACCCUUCAAUUAUGGGUAAUUACUCUUUACUAGUAAAUCCAGCCACUGAAAAGAAAGUUCUCAGCGAUCUCGCAGUUAAUCCAAGACUAUGCGAUGCUGUUAGAAAUUCCCAAGCUCAGUAUUUGUCGUCCAAGUUUGGUUUCAUUAAUCUGCCAGUUGUUUCAGGCAAAGGAUUGACUUCUCCAUCUCUGGAUAACCAGGUUCUGUCAACAAAGGACAUCUUCCAAGCCAAUACCAUAAUAAUAGUAAUACACGAUCCAUCCGAUGUAUGGGCCAGACAAGACCCGAGGUCUGGACUGCUGGAUCUCUCCGGGUCUAUGAUAGUCGACACCUCUUCUAAAUUCGUUGAAUGGGCUGUGAACUUGAAAUAUGGAGUUAUAGAUAUAAAUGUUCCAUUGACAUUGACAGGCAAGGAUGAUGAAACAUACAACAACGUUACAGCUUCUCAGGAGCUACUCCUUUAUAUUUGGGACAAUUACAUUCAGUACUUUCCAGUUACAAAAAUUGCACUUGUUGGAUUCGGUGAUGCUUACAAUGGAGUCAUACACCUUUGUGGUCAUCGAGAAGUCCGCAGCAUAGUGAAAGCUUCUAUCAACUUCCUGGAUAGAACUCCGUUACGUGCUAUUGUUUCCAGCAUAGAUGAAUCUGUCACUGACUGGUUUUAUAAAAACUCACUAGUUUUCACUAGUACUAGGCAUCCUUGUUGGGGAGAACAGGGAACCAGUGAAAUGAAGAGACCUCGUAAAAAGUAUGGUAGAGUGCUGAAGGCUGACAUAGAUGGACUGCCAAAUAUUGUUGAUGAAAGAUUUGAGGAAACUACCGACUUUAUUUUAGACUCCAUCGAAGAAUACGAAGAUGAGAGUUCUAACUAA